AUGGCAAUCGAUAAAGAAUGGAUAUCAGCGGAUAGAUUAUCGGUGAAAUAUAAGGAUGGAGUUGAGCAUUUCUUGGAGUUUUGCGCAAGAAAUGCUAAAGAUCCUAAUAACAUUUGUUGCCCUAGUAUUAAGUGUGGUACUGUUCAAAGAAUGAAAGUUACUGAGAUAAAGGGUCACUUAUUUAAGUAUGGAAUAGAUCAAAGUUAUAAGAUGUGGUUUAUGCAUGGAGAAAAAAUCACAUUUAGUAGAGAAUCUCCAUCUAAGAAGAAUAAUUGUGAUUAUGUGAAUGAUGAUGAGAGAGAUGACAUUGCAGAAAUGAUAGGUGACGCACAAUUUGAAUCAGAUUUUGAUCCAGUGAAAUUUCAAUCCAUGUUAGAGGAUGCUGAGAAACCCAUUUACCCUGGUUGUAAUAAGUUCACCAAACUGCCAACACUUCUUAGGUUGUAUAAUAUAAAAACCAAACAUGGGUUGACUGAUAAGAGCUUUACAGAUAUACUUUCCUUUCUAGGAGAGUUAUUACCCGAAAAAAAUGAAAUGCCAUUGUCGUUUUAUGAGGCAAAGAAGACAUUGCGUUCGUUAGGCAUGCAAUACGAAAAAAUCCAUGCUUGUCCUUACGAUUGCAUCCUAUAUCGAAAAAGAUUGGUUGAUACAAAUGCAUGUCCCACUUGUGGUGAGUUAAGAUGGCAGAAGAAAAAGAAUUCUGGUGAGGUUAGGGUAGGAGUUCCUGCAAAAGUUUUAUGGUACUUAUCGCCUAUACCUCGUUUGAUUCGACUUUAUCGAAAUGAUGAUCAUGCUAAAAACUUAACAUGGCAUGCCAAUGACAGAAUACAGGAUGGUAAACUUAGACGUCCAGCUGACUCACCUGCUUGGAAGAGAGUCGAUUGGAAAUGGCCUGAGUUUGGUAACGAACCUAGAAAUAUUCGUUUAGGCCUUUCUGUUGAUGGAAUUAAUCCACAUACUUCCCUAAGUAGUAAAUAUAGUUGUUGGCCUGUUAUGCUUGCCAUUUACAAUCUACCACCAUGGUUGUGUGUUGAUGCUUAUGAUGCAUAUAGGAAGGAAGAGUUCAAACUUAGAGCUGUGUUGUUAUGGACCAUUAAUGACUUUCCUGCGUUAGAAAGUUCUUACCCCGCAAUCAUGUCUUCCGACACAUGGGAAAAACCAUUCAAUGGUUCACAAGAGUUUGUAAUGGCUCCACGACCAUUAUUUGGAAGACAAUUGGUUGAAAAGUUGAAUAAAGUCCAAUUCAAACUAGGAAAGCACAAACAGAGCAUGAAAAGAAAGAGAGGACGUGAAAAUGGUGAGGAGGUUCAAAUUGAUCCUAAGGUUUGUUGGAAGAAGAAGUCUAUAUUCUUUGAGCUUGAAUACUGGGAGCAUUUGGUCCUACAUCAUAACUUGGAUGUCAUGCAUAUUGAGAAAAAUGUGUUUGAUAGCCUUAUUAGUACAUUGUUGAAUAUUCCUGGACGGAGUAAGGAUGGAAUUAAUGCUCGACUAGAUUUAAAAGAUAUGGGUGUGCGUACAAAUUUAGCACCAAAGGUUGGUGAGAAACGAACAUAUUUACCACCAGCUUGUUAUACCUUGAAUAAAGAAGAGAAACGAGGAAUUUGUCAUUGUUUGGCCAAUGUGAAAUUUCCAGAAGGUUAUUCCUCCAAUAUUUCGACAUUGGUAGAUAUGAAAAACUUGAAUUUAGUUGGGUUGAAAUCUCAUGAUCAUCAUACACUUUUACAACAUAUUCUACCAAUUGCUAUUCGUUCUGUCUUACCCAAAAAGGUUCAGAAUGCCAUCAUAAGAUUUUGCUUGUUCUUUAAAUCUCUUUGUUGUAAAGUGGUAGAUGUUUCUAAGUUGGAUAAACUUGAAUCAGAAAUCAUAUACACUUUGUGCUUGUUGGAGCAAUUCUUUCCACCUUCUUUUUUUGAUAUUAUGGUUCACCUAAUAGUUCAUUUGGUGAGAGAAGUGAGAUUGUGUGGACCAGUAAAUAGAAGCAGGCCUGAGGGUUGCAUUGUUAAAUCUUAUAUCGUUGAAGAAGCAAUGGAGUUUUGUUCAGAUUACUUGUCAGGUGUUUCAAGUGUUGGGGCAUAUCCAUCUCGAAUUGAGAUUGAAAUUAGUAAAGGUGGAAGAGGUGGUGUAGUUUCGGAAAUAAAUCAAGUUGAUCGAGAUGAAGUUCAUCGCUUAGUCUUACAAAAUAUUAACGACGUUCAACCUUACAUCGAGUCCUAA